CACGCUCAGGCUAAAUGGACACAAGGAAGGCAGGAUUUCGCACCGCCUGUACGCCUCCUUGCGCCAUGAUCUCAAUGUUCUAUCCUUCGUGGCCCUUCUAUACGACAUUCGCAACGCUCGUCGUCAAUCUCGCUCCGACUCCCGUCAAAGAACGGACACAAAAUGGAGGCAUAAGCAGCGGCGACUUACAAAGAACGCUCCCAUUCGCUCGUCACACGCCUCCAUUUAGACAUGUGCGCUUCCGGGUCGUUUGACCUGCAUGAUGACGUGGCUGUGUUGGGUUUUCGAUCUUGGUGAGAAGUUGCUUGGGUUUAUAAGACGUGGGUCUCCUUGGGUUGCGAUUCUGCUCCCCCGCUUGUUCUCUGGACGCGAGAACGUACUCCAAACGCUCCCUCCCCCUCGCCGUCUACUCUGCUCUGCUACCAGUGUUCUGGACGAUGGCGUACGAAAGCGUACCGAUGCGGACUCUCCGGCUUGCCGCGCUUUUCAUGUCGUUUGCAUUUGGCGUGAUUGGAGGGAGUGUGGGGUUGAACGCCUUGAUCAAAUCGAAUCAAGAGCACACGACAGUCAACAGAGCGGCUGCCGCUUUAAGCGCCACUAUCACCAUCGACGACAAGGACGUAUUUGACUCCGGCAUAGUCCUCACAACAGUCUGCGCCCUCAUCGCCCUCCUCUCCCUCAUCUACUUCCUCCUCACCCUCCUCUCCCGCCCCUCCUCCUCUUCCCAUCCUACAUCGACCCCUCCGCCCCUGGGCACCCGCACCCUCCCCCUCCAAUCCCUCUCCCUCGCCUUCUGCGCCCUCUGGCUCUUCGCGACCCAGAUCGCAUUCACCGAUUUCGUGGCGAAUCGCGAGGCGGGGAUCAGUGCGACAAUUGGGGGGCAGCAGGUUCCGGAGAGCUUUUUGCAGGCUGCAGAGGCGCAGUUGGGGGUUACGGGGGUUUAUAGGCGGAUUCAUUAUCUCCGCCUCCUCGCAAUCCUCCCCUGGUUCGCCAUCCUCUUCACAUCCAUAGCCGCCGUCAUCCUCUUCCUCGCCUCCAGGCGCAGAGCCAUUCCUUCUCGUGGCCUGGCUUCUAAUUCUGCCGCGUCUGGAGUUGGGCAGAGGGAGGAUAGGGAGGGGGUGGAGGAGGUUAGGGAGAGGGAGAAGGGAGGGGAGGAUGAGAAGGGGAGGGUUUGAUUUCGUGUGCGACGGAUCGGCGAGGAUGGGGGCAGCGGGCAUCAAUGGGGAGGAGGAAAUCAAGGAGGAUGAGAAGGGAAGGGUUCAGGAGGAGCGGGAUGGAGGAGGACUUGGUAGGACGUGUGUGGGAGAAAGGAGGGAGUGAAGGAGUCGGUUUGUGUGUAGCGCUGGGAUCAUGAGAGGCAGGAUAACGAGCAAUACUAAUUCUUUUUUAACGAAUCGAUGGUCUACGGUUUUCUUUCUGUACAGUACUACAUGUUGUAUCCGAGUCCAUCACUAAUGUACGAUCCCCACUACGAUGAAUGUAAUCACCAUCGCUGCAUCAAAG